ACAGUUGCAACUUGCAAUAAAUAUCUUUUCUUAUAUCCUGUCUCUUAAUUCAUUCACUUAUUCAAAAAAAAUCAUCCACGAUAAUCCAUUCAAAAAAUGUUUCAACACAAACCGUAUUAGAGAAAUCUCCAGGAAACUUCCUUCCGCACCCAUUCUUCCCACCCUUUCAAAGUCGAACUGUCCAAGAUAUCUGGGUUUCACCGCUUUCACUGGGAGUUAAAGAUUUGCGCUUUCCUACAAUUCUUCUCUGAAGUUGUUUAUUUGAAGAAUUUGUUUCACAUAACGAGGUCAGAAAUCGAUCUUGACAUCUUGUUUACGGUUACUUUUUUCUGCAAAUGAGGUGAAGCAUGAAUCGCCACCAAGAGAAAUUUGUAAGGUUUCAGGAUUGGAGUUCAGACAGUAGUUUCAAAGGAGAACUUCCCACUAGAGCCAGAGGUCCCAAUGGAAAAGUCCGAAUAGCAUUGCACUCAGUUUCGGAUAGCUUCCACAGAUCCCUAGAAAGUGGUUUUGAGAGGAUCAAAAGUGUGAAAGAUUCUCUUAAAUCUUGUUCGUUUAACCGUGCUCUUAGAGGAGACUUAGGAUAUAAAAACAAGAUUUUCGAUCCGCAAGGUCCCUUUCUUCAGCGAUGGAAUAAAAUAUUUGUACUGUCAUGUGUUGUUGCGAUCUCAUUGGAUCCUCUGUUUUUCUACAUUCCAGUGGUUGACAAUGACAAGAAAUGUCUUGAUGUGGACAAAAAAUUAGAGUUUACUGCUAGCGCUUUGCGUUCAUGUACUGACAUCUUUUACAUCCUUCAUAUUAUCUUACAAUUUCGGACGAGCUUCAUUGCCCCUCCUUCGCGUGUAUUUGGAAGAGGCGUUUUAGUUGAAGAUGCCAGGGAAAUUGCAAAGAGAUAUUUGUCCUCUCAUUUCUUUAUUGACAUCCUUGCAGUUCUUCCCUUGCCCCAAAUUGUGAUUCUAAUAGUAAUUCCUAAAAUGAGAGGCGCUAAAUCUUUGAAUACAAAGAAUUUGCUGAAGUUUGUGGUGUUCAUCCAAUAUAUUCCAAGGAUCUAUCGAGUUUAUCCAUUAUAUAAAGAAGUCACAAGAACUUCAGGCAUACUUACUGAAACAGCAUGGGCUGGGGCUGCAUUUAAUCUUUUCCUUUACAUGCUUGCUAGUCAUGCACUUGGAGCUUUUUGGUAUCUUUUCUCUAUAGAACGUCAAACCACUUGUUGGCAAAGAGCUUGUGGGAAUUCAUCCAGCUGUCAUCAUGCCUCCUUGUACUGCGGGGAUGAUCAUACAGCUUUUCUAACACGUCUAAACGACUCUUGCCCUACAGACAAAGAAGACCCUUCAAAAUUUGAUUUUGGCAUAUUCCUUGAUGCUCUCCAGUCUGGUGUUGUAGAAUCAAGAGACUUCCCUCAGAAAUUUUUUUAUUGCUUCUGGUGGGGCCUGCAAAACCUAAGUUCACUUGGUCAGAACCUCAAGACAAGCACCUUUAUUUGGGAAAUUUGUUUUGCUGUUUUCAUAUCCAUUGCUGGGUUGGUGCUAUUUUCCUUUCUCAUUGGAAACAUGCAGACAUUUCUGCAGUCAACCACAGUGAGGCUGGAGGAAAUGAGAGUCAAAAGGCGAGAUGCGGAGCAGUGGAUGGCUCAUCGUUUGCUCCCUGAGAAUCUUAGACAGCGGAUAAGGCGGUAUGAACAAUACAAAUGGCAGGAAACUAGGGGUGUUGAUGAAGAAAAUUUGAUCCGUAACCUUCCUAAAGAUCUCAGAAGAGACAUAAAGCGCCACCUUUGUUUGGCUUUGCUUAUGAGAGUGCCAAUGUUUGAAAAAAUGGAUGAUCAACUCUUGGAUGCAAUGUGUGAUCGCCUAAAGCCAGUGCUGUACACUGAGAAAAGCUUUAUUGUACGGGAAGGCGAUCCGGUUGAUGAGAUGCUCUUUGUAAUACGGGGCAAGUUGUUCUCAGUAACCACUAAUGGAGGCAGGACAGGGUUCUUUAACUCAGGUUACCUGAAGGCAGGUGACUUUUGCGGAGAAGAACUCCUGACGUGGGCUCUUGAUCCACACCCAUCUUCUAACCUCCCCAUUUCAACCAGAACCGUUCAAGCUCUUGCAGAAGUUGAAGCAUUCGCUCUAAUGGCGGAUGAUCUGAAGUUUGUAGCAUCUCAGUUCAGGCGACUUCACAGUAAGCAGAUUCGUCACACUUUCAGGUUCUACUCACAGCAAUGGAGAACUUGGGCUGCCUGUUUCAUACAAGCAGCGUGGCGACGCUACUGCCGGAAGAAACUGGAAGAGUCUUUGCGUCAGGAAGAAGACAGGUUGCAAGAUGCUUUAGCAAAGGGUAGCAUCAAUUCGCCUAGUUUAGGGGCUACCAUCUAUGCGUCUCGGUUUGCCGCCAAUGCUCUUCGCCUAUUACGUCGCAAUAGUACAAAGAAAGCAAGGAUGCCUGAGAGAAUAUCGCCGAUGCUGCUUCAGAAGCCGGCUGAGCCAGAUUUCACUGCUGAAGAUAAGUAGAUGUCCAAUAUAAGUUAAAUAUUUGUUGUGCAUGGUAAUGAUUGUCAUCUAUCAUGUUUGAUGUACAUAAGAUGCUGAUUUCUAUUCUAUAUCAAAUCCGCAUUUGUUUUACUUUUCAUCAAUUAAACAGACUCGUCGAUGUUUGAUAGGUGUCGAGAGAAAUCAUUUCACUCGCAAUCUAAGCAUUUUGCACAACAUGUUUUCU